ACAAGAAAACUUGUGGGCCUCAUGAAUUCCAGUGCAAAAACAACAACUGUAUUCCAGAUCACUGGAGAUGUGACAGCCAGAAUGAUUGUGGUGAUAAUUCUGAUGAAGAAAACUGUAAGCCUCAAACAUGCACUUUGAAAGACUUUCUUUGUGCAAAUGGAGACUGUGUUUCAGCAAGAUUCUGGUGUGAUGGAGACUAUGACUGUGCAGAUGGCUCAGAUGAGAGGUAUUGUGAAACAGGCUGUUCAAGAGAUCAGUUCCAAUGUUCCAAUGGCCAGUGCAUAUCAGCAAAAUGGAAAUGUGAUGGUCAUGAAGACUGCAAGCUUGGAGAUGACGAGAAAAAUUGUGAACCAGCAUCUCCAACCUGCUCUUCAAGUGAGUACGUGUGUGCAAGUGGGGGCUGUAUUUCAGCGUCUUUGAAAUGUAAUGGAGAGUAUGACUGUGCUGAUGGAUCUGAUGAGAUGGAUUGUGUGACAGAAUGUAAAGAAAAUCAGUUUCGAUGCAAAAAUAAGGCUUACUGUAUUCCUGUCCGAUGGCUGUGUGAUGGGAUCCAUGACUGUGUGGAUGGCAGUGAUGAAGAAAACUGUGACCAAGGGGGAGAUAUAUGUAGAACUGAUGAAUUUUUGUGCAACAAUUCCCUCUGCAAACUACAUUUUUGGGUUUGUGAUGGUGAGGAUGACUGCGGAGAUAACUCUGAUGAAGUCGCUGAAAUGUGUGUAAAGUUUCCAUGCCCUCCAACACGGCCGUACAGAUGUAGAAACAACAGGGUUUGUCUGCGACCUGAGCAGAUUUGCAAUGAGGUUGAUGACUGUGGUGAUAACUCGGAUGAAGAUCACUGCGAUAAAGUCGCGUAUAAAGCAAGACCAUGUAAAAAAGAUGAGUUUGCUUGUAAUAAUAAGAAGUGUAUUCCAAUGGAGCUACAGUGCGAUUGGUUUGAUGACUGUGGAGAUGGUUCAGAUGAGCAAGACUGCAAAAUAAGUGUCACAGAAUAUACAUGUGAAGAUAAUGUGAAUCCUUGUGGAGAUGAUGCAUACUGUAAUCAAACAAAAACAUCUCUACUGUGUCAGUGUAAAUCUGGAUUUCAACGAAACAGGAGGAAUAGACAAUGCGAAGAUAUCAAUGAGUGUAUGGUAUUUGGCACCUGCUCGCAACACUGCAAUAAUAUUAAGGGAUCAUACAAAUGUGCAUGCGAAAAGAAUUAUAAGGAGAGGCACAACAGUUGCGUAGCGAAAGGCUCUGAAGAUCAAGUUCUCUAUGUUGCUAAUGACACUGACAUCCUGGGUUUUGCAUAUCCAUUCAACUACAGUGAUGUUCAUCAGCAAAUAUCACAUAUUGAACAUAAUUCAAGGAUAACUGGAAUGGACGCAUAUUUUCAAGGGGACAUGAUUGUUUGGAGUACUCAGUUUAAUCCAGGAGGGAUUUUCUACAGAAAAUUUCACGACAGAGAGAGAAGGCAAAGUAACAGUGGCUUGAUAUGCCCAGAAUUCAAAAGACCUAGGGGCAUUGCUGUUGACUGGGUUGCUGGAAAUAUUUACUGGACUGAUCAUUCCAGAAUGCAUUGGUUCAGCUACUACACAACUCAUUGGACUAGUCUGAGAUACUCCAUCAACGUAGGGCAAUUGAACGGACCAAACUGUACAAGGCUCCUCACAAGCAUGGCAGGAGAACCGUACGCAAUCGCUGUAAAUCCUCAAAAGGGGAUGAUGUACUGGACAGUUAUUGGAGAUCGCUCUCACAUAGAGGAGUCAUCUAUGGAUGGUACUCUGAGAAGGAUAUUAGUUCAAAAGAAUUUACAGAGACCUACAGGUCUCGUAGUUGAUCAGUUCAGUCAGCGUUUGUUCUGGGCUGAUUUUGAACUAUCUGUUAUUGGCAGCGUUCUUUUUGAUGGUUCUGAUUCAGUUGUGUCUGUGAGCACUAAACAAGGUUUACUGCAUCCACAUAGAAUUGAUAUUUUUGAGGAUUACAUAUAUGGAGCUGGUCCUAAAAAUGGUGCAUUUAAAGUACACAAAUUUGGCAGGAGUCUUGUAGAAUAUUUAAGAGUGGAUGUUGAUAAAGCAAAAAGUGCCUUGAUUUUUCAUCGCUACAAACAAAUGGACUUGCCUAAUCCAUGCUUGGACCUGACAUGUGAAUUCAUUUGUUUACUCAACCCUUUUGGAGCAACAUGCGCUUGUCCAGAAGGAAAAACUUUGGUGAAUGGGACAUGUAUUGAUCAAAGCCUCUUAGAUGAUACCUGUAAAUUAACCUGUGAAAACGGAGGAAAGUGCAUUAUCAACGAGAAGGGGGAUCCCCGAUGUCACUGCUGGCCAAGUUACUCUGGUGAAAGGUGUGAAACUAACCACUGCUACAAUUACUGCCAGAACGGAGGAACCUGUGGAGCCUCUCUCCUCGCUGCUACAGAGGGCCUGGAGAUGCAGGCAUUAGCAUUCUUUCUGCUUAAUCUCAAACAGGAAAAUGUGCCUACACCAACAAUGCAUCAGGACAGCCAGUGUACGUGUCGCCACGGUCCGCAUCUCGCUGUUCAGUUCCCUGAAUUUUGGGAGUCUGAACCUUUAACUAAUGAAGAAGCUUUUUCCUCUGGAAGUUGCAGAAGCCGUUUUUGUGUGAGUGCCAAUCCCAACCCUAACCACAAAAACGUGGAUGACCUGUGA